AUGCAGGAUAGGAGUAUAAAAGUGGCCACGACAGACAAGAGCGAUCAAAUCUCAACCACGAAGACAAUGCACAGCAGUACCUUCUUCUUCGUCCUCUUCGUCUGUUUCGCCAUCGUAGCUGUCGGAGUUGUCUCCGCCGAGUAAGUUCGCAGUCUACACUUCGCCCUAACUAACUUCAACCUUUUUAGGGAUGAUGUGAGUCGAACGUUUCCUACCUUUAUCACGACGCAUGCCCUUUAUGCAACGUUUGGAAUGUGUAGGAGUUAGGAACUAGACCCCAAGUGCCUCUGAGGUGCCAAGAAGAUGUCUCGGGUGAGGGAAGGGCAGAGGAGGGGGGGAUGGUAGUGAGGAUAAUGGUGCUUAUGCAUAGGAGGAGUGUGUUAUAGCUGAGGGCACAAGCGUUACCGCUUCAGAAUCUCUAAGAGUCAGAAUAUCAGGCCUCAGUAUCUACCACAGAGACAACGCAUUAGCUGACUAGGAUAGGCAAAAAGUAAAUUAAGGUGUCAUUAGCCAAUAAAUGCGAAAGAGGACAAACAUGUGAUGUUUUUGUGACUCAAACAGGAUAUGCGAAAUACGAUGGCCCGCAGGUUUGCAGAAGCGAGGAAAUUCUUCGAGGAAGAUGAACUGGGCAUGAAGAUGAAGGAACUCGGCAAAACACUGUCCGAAGUGACGUGGAAAAGUAAGUCUUCUUGUCGGCGCCCUUCCCGUCGUCUAACCAAAACCUUCAUUUUAGUUCGACAGCAUGUAAGAUCGGGCCUACGAAUGUACCUUCGCAAACUGAUGAACGAAAAAUAA